AUGAUCUGGAGCCUGUGCUUGCUUUAUUUGGCCGGGAGUCUCGGAGCCGUUCACGCAGGUCCCGUCAAGCGGCCGCAAAAGACAGCGAACAGCUUCGCCCCACAGGAGGACGUCAACGUGCUCAUGUUUGGCGUCAUUCAGUUGGGAGAGUCCCUCAACCAUUUUUACGAAAGCACCGAAGGCAAGCUGACUAAAAUACUGCACACUUUGAAGCAGCGCGAGGGUACUCUCAUGCAGAUCGGGGAGCAGACGGCGCAGGCCGCUGAGGUGGAGGGACAGAUUAAGGGAGUGAUACAGCUGCUGCAGGACCAGACCUUCAAGCAAGAGAUUCAGACCAAGAUAAGAGAGGGUCAGCUGGCUAACAUUGAGCGGGAAGAGGCGGUUCUUCAGACAAAAGUAAAAAGCUUAGAGGCCUAUCUCAACAGUACAUUCCCCACUAGCAUCAAAGAACUGCAGGAGCGAGCUGCCUUGAAUGCCAGUAUCUUGAAAGGUCUGUUGCAUUUGACCCAGUUUCAAAAGCAGAAGAUUGACAACCACGCUGAGCAGCUCUCCACGCUGCAGAGGAUGAGUGAAGCGCUAUGAAAUUUCAAAGGAUGAUCGACGUCAUCAGCACUGAACCAUCACAGCACUCCUUUUCACCAGUUAAAUGCUAUCUA